UUCUGUGCCAGCAAACCAAAAACUAAGUUGUUUAUCCUGCUUUCCAAGAAAUCAUAAAGAGGGAGAAAGAGAAAAUAGCCAAAUUCCCAAACAGGUCACUUUCAGUAGGCAUGAAAAUGCCUCUGCUUUAAGGCUUACAAGAGAGGUAACCUAAGUAACCAUGUCGGUCCAUCUGGUUUGUUUUUUUUUUUAUCAUUAUUGUUUCCCUAUUCCCGGUGCAGAAGAAGCAACUUUAAAAUGACCAUUCAGCUUUUUGCUCUUUGUUUCUGCUUUCUUUAGCCCUCCUCUCCCUAUAAAACCAAACUUCUCUGUUCUACUCUUCAAUACAUGCAUUUUAUUUUAAGGGAUUAGGUGUUGUCAAACUCUAGAAUUACAAAUAAAGCCGACAUAAAGUUUACGCUACAUUUGCUGUAAUUUCGUCUUUUGACAAAUCCUUCGAGCUGGUGUUGCGUAACAGGAAGCCAGGAACUGGCCACAAGAAAAGGAACUCAGCUGCUGGUGUGGGAAGAUGGAAACCGACUUCUCCAUCCCUCUGAAUGAAUCUGAGAAGGUGCUCCCUGAGCCUGAUGGCUACACCAUUCUGUGGAUCUUCUCAUUGCUACUCCACGGAGUCAGCUUUGUCUUCGGGGUCCUGGGCAAUGGGUUUGUGCUCUGGGUGGCUGGAUUCCGGAUGCAACGCACAGUCAGCACCGUCUGUUACCUGAACCUGGCCCUAGCUGACUUCUCUUUCAGUGCCAUCCUGCCAUUCCGCAUGGUCUCAGUCGCCAUGGGAGAAAAGUGGCCUUUUGGCCAGUUCCUAUGUAAGUUAGUUCACGUCAUGGCAGACAUCAACCUUUAUGUCAGUGUCUACCUGAUCACUGUCAUUGCUCUGGACCGCUGUAUUUGUGUCCUGCAUCCAGUCUGGGCCAUGAACCACCGCACCAUGAGUCUGGCCAAGAGAGUGAUCAUGGGACUCUGGAUUGUCGCCAUAGUCUUCACCUUACCAAAUUUCAUCUUCUGGACUACAAGUACUGAGAAUGGGGACACAUACUGUAUCUUUAACAUGGCAUUCUGGUUUGACACUGUUGCAGAGAAUCUGAACGUGUUCAUUACCAUGGUCAAGGUCUACGUGAUCCUCCACUUCAUUAUCGGCUUCAGCAUCCCCAUGUCCAUCAUCACAGUCUGCUAUGGGAUCAUCGCCGCCAAAAUUCACAGGAAGCGUAUGAUUAAAUCCAGCCGUCCCUUACGGGUCCUCACUGCUGUGGUGGCUUCUUUCUUCAUCUGUUGGUUCCCUUCUGAACUAAUUGGCAUUCUGAUAGCAGUCUGGCUCAAAGAGAUACUGUUCAAUGGCAAAUACAAAAUCAUUGUUGCCCUGGUUAACCCAGCAAGUUCCUUGGCCUAUUUUAACAGCUGUCUCAACCCAAUUCUCUACGUCUUCAUGGGUCGUAACGUCCAAGAAAGACUGAUUCACUCCUUGCCCACUACUUUGGAGAGGGCCCUGAGUGAGGGCCCCGACUUAGACAAGAGCAGCAACAGCAACGCCAAUCCCGCUUCACCUCCUGAGGAGACAGAGUUACAAGCAGUGUGAGGUGGGGGGUACUUUUGAGCUCUCUUUCUACCCUGCGUUUCUUCUACUCUCAUACCACCACCACAAUCAUCAACAUAAGAGAAGACAAAUGUGUAGGAGGUUUUCCCCACAACCAAGCAGUAGACACCAGCUGGUUGUACAAUUAAAUUCCAACACUAUCUACCUGGAGCUAGUAUCCGAUCCCACAGGUGUAAGGGCUCAUUCCAAAAGGCUGCUCCUCCAGUUGAGACACAAGUCACAAAUCCAGGCUUCUGAAAUUUCUGACCAACCGGCUUCAAUUUGGGGUUCCCACCACCCCCUCUUCAGGGAUAGCGCGGCUCAUGGAACUCAGCAAAACAUUUAUUUAAGCUUGCUGAUUUAUUAUACAAGAUACUACAAAGAAUCCGGGUGAAGAGGCACACAGGGCAAGGGAUGGGAGAAGGGAUAUACAGGUUCCAUGCCCUCCCUGAGUGCACCACCCUCCAGGAACCUCCAUGUGUUCACCUAUCAUGAAGUUCUCCAAAUCCAGUCCUCUUGGGUUUUUAUGGAAGCUUCAUGAUGUCAGCAUUCUUUCCCCCAGUGCACAGUAUGAGACCCUCUCUGGGGAGAGUCUUAAGACCCAGAAUUAGAAAGGUAGGGGAAGAUUCGAGUCCUGAUUUGGGGUAGAUGAAGGAGAGGAGAGAGAUUCUGUUUCCUGAGGCCUAACAUACCCAACAUUAUAACAUAGGACUGUAGCAAAAGCUAUGGUAGUUAUGAAGCAGAAACCACAGGCUACAACCAACGUACAUUUUAGUAACAGAUACCCUAACCCCAGUCCUAACUUCAUUUAACCGUGGUCACGCUGAGCCAUUCCAGGAUGAGUGGCUUGAGUAUUUCCUCAGGGGAAAUACUUCCGUACCCCAUGAUUUAAGGGCAAGAAGUAGACAGUGAGGCCACUGUAGGUGUCAUUUUUUAUUUCUGGACCCCAGCCUAUACCCUAAGUGAAGUGGGAAAAGAGUAUAAGAGGAGAGGAGGAGUGGGGGGAUUUGUAAGGCUUAGAUGAGAUAGUGUGUGUUUGUUUUUUUUAAUUUUUACCUUAACAUUAAGUCCAAUGUUUGCUGUAGGCUUCCCGGAGUUUCCUCUCUUUAAAGUCAGAUUGUUGAAGGUUUCUUCUAUUCUUAGUUAAGAGUUUUCUUUUAUUCUUUAAAUCAUAAAUAUUGAAUUUUAUUAAAUAUUAACAUAAUCAUAUUAUUUUUAUUCCUUCAUUUAUAUGAUUACAAAUUAGAUGAAUUUAUGUUAAACUACCCUUGCAUUUCUGAAAUAAACCAUGCUUGCUUA